GCGGUGUUCGGGCAGGGCUGAGAAGUGGGGGGGGGGGGCACAGACAUCUAGAUGUGUAUAAGAGACAGGAAGAGAGCUGCUGAACUGGAAGAAAAGGCGGAGCAGGAGAGAGAGAGAAAGGUGGACAUCAUUGAGGCAGCAGGGAGCCUGAGGAGCAAUAUGGCCGCACAGAGAGAAAAAGCGAUGGAGGCGGCACGGCAGAAUAAUCGCGAGAAAGAAAGCGUGUUCUUGUCUGGCCUAGAGGCGUCCAUGUACACCAACCCCGGCGGCAAUUAUUGGGCGACCGUGGCGGGAAUGAUCGAUUUCGAUUCGAAGCCGGAGGAGAAGGUGCCGACGAAAACUGCCACUAAAAGCGGAGCGGACAAAGCAGCGGACAAGAAGAAAUCUGGAGGGGCAGCAUCUGUAGUAGUGAACAAGCCUAAGCCCGGCAAAGCAACAGAUCUGACUCGAAUGAGGCAGCUGUUGCUGAAGCUGAAACACAACCCUGGCGGUGGAAAACAGACGGCAGCUGAGACGAAGGGAAUGAACGACGGUUCGCGACAUGCUCCUCAGCCUGGACCAGUUGCUGCGACCGGGGUGUCAUCUACUCAAUGGAGGGAUAAUGUCUUUUUCUGAGUUUGCAGCGAGUGGAAGACCUGGUCGUUGGAUGGAUGGUAAGAUCGAUGGUGAGGGAGGGGACCCUCUCCAAGCUGAUAUGCUAUGGAGUUGUCCAUCUCUCCAUCCGUUCGGCUGGAUUGAUGUGAUGAUGCUCUGUGGUUCUCAGUCAAAUCCUUCCGUCUUCUUCCGGCCGUCGCCACCUCGAAUGGGCGGGCUAUGGUGCAAGGCCUUGAUGCUCCCUCCCCCGUCACCCCUCCCUCUUUGUCCCCUUUCACUCCAUCUGGUGCCCUGUGUGAUGUUUUCAUCACUCGUCUUGUUUUCCCUUAGAUCACUCUUUUUGUU